GGGCGGCGUGCUCGGUGCGGAGCGUGGGGUAAAACAUGGCUAAGAGCUUACGGAGUAAGUGGAAAAGGAAGAUGCGUGCUGAAAAGAGAAGGAAGAAUGCUCCAAAGGAGCUCAGCCGGCUUAAAAGUAUCCUGCGAGUAGACGGCGAUGUUCUAAUGAAAGAUAUUAAAGACAUAGCAACCGUGGUUGCACCCAAACAUCAUCAAGAGAAAAUGGAAUGUCAGGUGACAGAGGAGAAGGAUGACAUGAAAAUGGAGACUGAAACAAAGAGAAACAGAAAGACUCUCCUAGAUGAGCAUGGGCAGUACCCAAUAUGGAUGAACCAGAGGCAAAGAAAAAGGCUGAAGGCAAAGCGAGAGAAGGCAAAGGGGAAGAGCAGAGCCAAAGCGGUGAAGGCAGCCAAGGGCUUGGCUUGGUGAACAGGCCCAACCGGACAGAUGUUUGGUGAGAGUGUGCAUUGAUUUCAGCUCUCACCAGGUGAAAAACAGUUAUUUUCAUAGUUCAAGUUACCUUUAUUUUCUUCAAUUCAAACCCAGUGUAACUCCUCCAAGUUUUUGGAAAAACUAAAAUAAAGGAAUUUGGGUGGUGAAUGAAA